AAGCUUUCUUGCAAAGCACACAUAUUUGCACGAACUCCUGGACGGGAAAACAUGGUUUUUUUGAGUUUUGACUGUUCUUUUAAAAAAGAAAUAAUGAAUUAUUAUAGCUCGCCGUUUGGCCAGUCAGAGACUGGAAGGUCAACACGUUUCAUUUUCCUUUGGUACCUUGUAUGUCUGUUCUAAUUCAUAAAGUACAAACGGAGAAAAAAGAGCUUCAACAUCGUCUUCUUCUUUUAAUUUCUCAGAAAGUACCCUAUCUUCCGCCCAUUUCUCACCAAAUCCCAGGAAUUUUAUAAAGUUUCCCACAAAUCAAGAUCACAAAUUUUGCUUCUCACAUUCAGAGCUCAGAUUUUCUGUUGCUUUCCCAUGGGCCUGGUUUUUAUCAAUUCUUGAAAACCAUGUCAAAGUCCAAGAAUUUCUUUCAGAAUCUGCUCAAGCCUUUCAAGUUGAGUUCUGGCAGAAAGGGCAAGAGUGAAGAGGACUUGGACCAGAUUGCUGCUCAGGAACAGAAGCAGUUUGCAUUUGAUACCUUAGUCUCUGCCACCAAAGAUUUUCACCCAACUCACAAACUUGGUGAAGGUGGAUUUGGACCUGUCUAUAGGGGGAAAUUGGCUGAUGGGAGAGAGAUUGCUGUAAAGAAGUUGUCCCAUAGCUCAAAGCAAGGGAAAAAAGAGUUCAUGAAUGAGGCUAAGCUCCUGGCACGAGUCCAGCACCGGAAUGUUGUAAAUUUGUUAGGAUACUGUGCACAUGGAACGCAGAAGCUAUUGGUUUAUGAGUAUGUCGCUAACGAGAGUCUUGACAAGUUUCUCUUCAAACCCAAUAGGAGAGAGCUGCUUGAUUGGAAGCGGAGGUAUGAUAUAAUAACUGGUAUUGCACGGGGAUUGCUUUACCUUCACGAAGACUCACACAAUUGCAUCAUCCACCGUGACAUCAAGGCCAGCAAUAUUUUACUUGAUGAUAAGUGGGUUCCUAAGAUUGCUGAUUUUGGUAUGGCUCGCCUCUUCCCUGAAGACCAAACACAUGUCAACACCCGUUUGGUGGGUACAAAUUCGUAUAUGGCUCCAGAGUAUGUCAUGCGUGGGCAUUUAUCAGUGAAGGCAGAUAUAUUUAGCUUUGGCGUUGUGGUUCUGGAGCUUAUCAGUGGCCAGAGGAAUUCAACAUUUAGCCAAUCAGUUGAGGCUCAGAAUCUACUUGAUUGGGCAUAUAAGCUCCAUAAAAAGGAUAGGAGUCUGGAGUUGAUGGAUCCAACAUUAACGUCGUCAGCAGACAAUGGCCAAGUAAAAAUGUGCAUUCAUAUAGGGCUACUAUGCGUACAAGGCGAUCCACAGUUACGGCCAAAUAUGCGACGCGUAGUCAUCAUGUUAUCGAAGAAACCCGGCAAUCUAGAAGAACCAACUAGGCCUUUGGUAACCGGUUCCAGAUAUAGAAGAUCUCACCAGCCGCCAGGAAUGUCAUCCACUGCAGGAACGUUCAGUGAUUCUGAUUCUCGGACGUUUGAUUCGAGCUUAAACACUAAUACAGCUACGGCAUCUAGCUCAACUCGUACCAGCCCAAGAUUAGAUCCUCAUGGGAAACGUCCCAUGGAAAGCUAAGCUUAAGUCAAUAAAAAAUUUUGGAUAUUCUUUGUAUAAUAGGUAUAUACAAUUAGUCUGUAAAUGUUAAUGGAAAUUUAGUGGUUAAAUGCAAGAUUGGAUUGAACCUCA